AUGGCCAGCGGCAGUCGGACGACGAUCUGUCGCCAGCUAGCGCAAGCGGCAUAUUCCCUCCUUCGCACCGAGCGCCCUCGGAGAAGUCUCUUACCCAGCUAUCUAGUAGCGAGUCAGGCGGACGCAAGAGCGGAUGCCAAUGCCGCUAUCUGCCUAGCCGCAGCGAGUCCAUGUCGCGUGUCACCUCGCAGAGACUACUCUGCGGCUGCAGUCAAACCUAUCGAACCGGAGUCGCUGCGUACUUCUCAUUCGAAGCGCCGAGCUCCGCGAAACACUGUCGGCGUGCAGCUUCUUUCGCCUUCUCUGCACUCGCAACUCUUUCCACCGGGUUCAUGUUCUCAUCUGCCCGGUGUCGACCCCCUUGCCUUGUCCAUAGCGCAAGAGCAUCUAUCUUCGCAUGGGCUUCAACCAUCUCAAGCUUCCGUCUUACCCGAAGUCUCAUUCCAACUUCCCCCGCUGCGCCAUGAGGAGCGUCCGCGCCAGCCGCUUCGGCUGCCAUCGCUGCCGUCCGGCCAGAAGGAUACAAGGGGCAUCGACCAAAAGUGUCAGCCCACUGGGCCAAAUUUGGCAGAGCACUUUUGGAUCAUUGGCAGAGAGGCUGCUCAGCCGUGGCUCGGCAUGGCACAUCUUCUAGCCAAGCAGGACAUGCCGCCGAAGCCAGAAGGCGUCUGUGCCAACUACCGCACCAGGGGGACGUCGGCUGACGAAGGUGAAGCCGAGGUAGGCUUUGCUGCAGAGGAUUGGCUGGCGCUAGAGUCGUCUAUCCGCAAUAUACACGACUUGCGACCCCCGCAAUGGGUGCGUCGAGCGGGAUGGACGCGCUACCCUCUCUUGCGCUCUGCCGACAGAGACCCUGCAACCGCUUUGGGGGUCGGCGAACCAAUACCUUUCCCACCCGCAGAAGACGGACCGAUGGUAUUCGAUGUCGAGACAAUGCCUCGUUGCAGUCAUUUUGCAGUGAUGGCCACGGCAGUUAGCGAGAAGGCGUGGUACUCUUGGCUGUCUCCUUGGCUCCUGGGCGAAUCGAACGAGAUGGAUCACCUCAUCCCAUUUGGCGCGGGCAGAGGUACAACCGCGCGUCUGAUAGUCGGGCAUAAUGUCGGCUAUGAUCGUGCGCGCGUGCUGGACGAGUACAGCCUCGAACGCUCCAGCAUCCGCUGGCUCGACACGAUGAGCCUGCACGUCGCGACACGCGGCAUCAGCUCGCCGCAACGCCCAGCUUGGAUGCAACACGCCAAUGCGCGCAAGAUGCGUGAGACGGAGAAAAAACUUGAACGCUUGGAAGUGGAGAAUGCAGCUCGCGAAGAGAUCAAGCGCAUCCUCGGAGGCGAGGGCGUGGUCGACGAUGACGCUCUCAGCGGCAUGGACGCCGCACAACUUGUGGAAGAAUACUUUAGAGAGCAGAGAGAGGCGAUGCGCGAGGCGGUCGCCGACGUUCUCAAUUCGCUCAAUGCUAACCAACAGCGUUCCCACGCCGAGAGUACCUCCGAAGGACCCCCUGUCGAGGCCGAUGGCACCAUCAACGGCAAUGGUGAUGACGCUGCUUCCGCUUCUCUGUGGCAAGAUGUUACAUCCAAAAAUUCGCUGGCGGAUGUUGCUGAGCUGCAUUGCGGUAUCACGCUGUCGAAGGACUCGCGUAAUAUCUUCGUCGAGAGCGAAAACCGAGAAGAGGUGCUGGAACAUCUGGACGAACUGCUCGAAUACUGUGCAACAGAUGUCGACGUUACGCACAAGGUCUUCAAAAAUGUGUGGCCGUUUUUCGUCGAGGAGAACUGCAGACACCCAGUCACGAUGGCUGGCGUAUUUGAACUUGGCAGCACGUUCUUGCCUGUCGAUCAGGAGUGGAACAAGUACAUUGAGCACAGCGAGCAGUGCUUCCGCCAGGCCAGCGACGCAGUCAGAGACAGCCUCGUGAGCCUCGCCGAAAGUGUCAGGGAGCAAGGCUGCAAAGACCUGUCAUGGGAAAAAGCAGAGGCGAUUGCAGAGAGGCGACAGCGAGCGGAGGACCAAGUCGCGGCGUAUAUGGAAUUCCGCGAUGUAGAGCCAUUUCCCUACCAGCACCACAGUCAGAUUCAGCCUGAGACGCAAGCAUGGUGGGAGCGAGAUCCUUGGCUCUCCCAGCUAGACUGGUCUCCUAAGAAACCCAAGAAGACCAAGGCUAGCGCGGUCGCAGGCAAAAGCGCCGAACUGGGGGAACCACUUGUGGCGGAUCCAGGUCACCGAAUCGUGCCGACUUGGUACCGUGACAUGGUCUUCAAGGCACCACCGAGCGGCAUCAGUUUGCGCUCGCCAAUUGCUCUCUCGCUUGUCCGCUUGUCAUAUGAGGGUCAACCGCUGAUUCGGGAUGACCAAGGUCGAUGGAUGACCGAGGCGCACGGGGUCCUUAAUGAGCUGGGAAAUGUUCAGAACCCCUUGACGUCCACCUUUCUUAAGACCAAGUUCGGCAAGUCUUUCGCUUCGCUGGCGCAGUCGCUUGGUAAUGCAGCUGUCGAAGCACUCCGAGCUAAAGAUCAAGAAGCGACCAAAGGUGCAAUCCAUGAGCUCGCAGAGCAGGCAUUGGCUGAAAGGAGCAAUAUUCCUGCACAUCUCCAGCAUCUCGAUUGGAGUCCAGUUCAAGUGCGGGAUCCAGAAAAUACUGAAGAAGCAGUUGAAGACCAGUCAUGGUGGCCCAAGUGGUAUUGGGACUUGUUCAAGUCAGCAACUGGGCAGCUUGAGUUGACGAUUCGUUCAAAAGUGGCUCCGACGCUCCUUAACGUCAGCUGGCGCGGCCGUCCGCUGUUCCACAGCCGGGAGCACGGCUGGGUGUAUCGCGUCGACCCAGAAAUCAGCCAGGACAACGACUUUACCACGCGCCAGAAGCCCGUCGAGUUCACCCAAAAGGCAGAUGCUGCUCUUAAACUCUUGACUGGGCCCCAGGAGCACGUCAUCAAUUCGCGUGGUCGCGAGACGAAUGAGCUCGUGUCAGAUCCGACGCGUCCUACAUUCUUCAAAGUUCCUCACUCUGCAGGUGAUGAAGCCAACGUGGGAAGUCCGUUCGCCAAGUCUUUUAUUACGUUCUUCGAAGACGGCACUCUUCGAAGUGAGCAUCCGAGCGAAGAGGGAAGGCUUGCGUCGAAAGCUGCGUUGGACAUGAAUGCGCAGUGUAGCUAUUGGAUCUCUGCGCGAGACCGCGUGAAGCGCCAAAUGGUCGUCUGGGACGGCCAAUGUAGAGUUGCGAUGGGCGCAAAAGAUGAGACCUCAUCAGUGCAACUUGGCAUGAUCCUUCCGCAGGUCAUUCAGAUGGGCACUGUCACCCGACGCGCCAUCGAGAAGACCUGGCUCACGGCGUCCAACGCAAAGAAAAAUCGCGUGGGAUCCGAACUGAAGUCAAUGGUGAAAGCACCGCUCGGAUGGAGUAUUGUCGGCGCGGACGUGGACAGCGAGGAGUUGUGGAUAUGCAGCGUGAUGGGAGACGCACAGUUUGGCGUUCACGGAGCGACUGCGGUCGGAUGGAUGACGCUAGAGGGUACAAAAGCGCAAGGCACCGAUCUGCAUUCGAAGACUGCCAGCAUCCUGGGUACGAGUCGGAACCAGGCAAAAGUAUUCAACUAUUCUCGCAUCUACGGCGCAGGUAUUCGACAUGCCACGCAGCUCAUGCUCAAGGCCAACCCAUCGAUGCCCAUUGAGGAGGCGAUGCGUCUCUCCAAGCAGCUCUACACAGCAACCAAAGGUCAAAACACGCACAGCACAGAUUACUUUGGGUCCAAAUUCUGGUAUGGCGGCAGUGAAAGCUACGUUUUCAACAAGCUCGAAAGCAUCGCGAUCAGCGACCGUCCGCGUACGCCCGCCUUAGACUGCGGGGUCACAGCAGCUCUAUCGCGCAAAUUCCUUCCCAAACGACGGUGGAUGGACGGCAAGGUAGGAGAGGAUUACAUGCCGAGCCGUAUCAAUUGGGUUGUCCAGUCCAGUGGUGUUGACUACCUCCACAUGCUGACUGCCGCCAUGUCACACCUCUGCACCACGUACGGCAUCGACGCACGCUUCAUGUUGAGUGUUCAUGACGAAGUCCGAUACUUGUGCAAGGAGGAGGAUCGGUACCGGACUGCGCUUGCACUGCAGAUUGCCAAUCUCUGGACACGCGCGAUGUUCGCGUAUCGUCUCAACUUCGAUGAUCUACCCCAAGGCUGUGCUUUCUUCUCUCAGGUCGACAUUGAUCGGAUCUUGCGCAAGGAAGUCGACGACGCUUGUGUGACGCCCUCUCAUCCUGAUCCAGUUCCACCUGGCGAGGCACUUACUAUCGAGGAGCUGCUCGAGAAGACCGAUAACGGCAAUCUCUCCCGUGCGAAGCCUACGUCUGCAUCGCUUUCUUGUCCUCCUUACAGCGCAGAUCCGAUCAUGCGGCCAGUGUUCCCGCCAUUCGAGUGGACACAUCAGACCCACAGGUCUUCAGGGCAGGGAGGCCUGCUUUUCCUUCAAGCGCAAGCCACAAGCGAUAUCAACGAGAUCCGCAGCCUUGACAGGCGCGCUCAAGCACUCGUAUCCUCGAACACGCGGCGUAGUGUUCAAACAAACACCAAGGCACAGCGACCCUUCCUCUCUCGUCGUCCUUUUCAUGUCUCGAAGACGUUCAGCGCAGGAAGCGCAGCGCGCGCCUAUUCGACGAGCUGUAGAUCUCAACCUUCCACGACUCAGCUCAUGCCCACCUUCCCGCGGCCACCAGCUCAAUCUCCGCAGCCCUUCUUCCGAACCUUGCGGCAUCGGUCGACAGUCUUCAGUCUUUACAGAUCCUUGCUGAAGGCUUGUUCCUCGGACCAUCCGAUGCUGCGGCAGUGGAUUUGCCGCACUACUCGCCACAAUCGACAACAGACAGGUCCUGGGCGCACAGCAGCACAAAUUCGUGAGGGCCAACGACUCCUUUAUUUAUUCCUUCGGGCCAAGGAAGGGUCAGCUUCGGCCCAAGCUGAGGUGCUGAGCAUAGAGGACAAGCUGCGGAUUGAAAAGCACAAACGGGACUGGGAAGCAGUUUAUGCCGUAUUAGAUGAGCCAGCACGGAGACCUAGACUCUCUGGUGCCCUCUUGAAGCCGACUCUGUUCAAUCCGCCGCUGCCACGCUUCAAGCCUGUUCAACCGGAUGCAAUCACCAUGAUGAUCUUCAAGCGGAGAAAACGCCGACUGAUUCGACGGCAAUACCAAGUGAACAACGCAGAGCUUAUCGCAAGCGUGCAAGCAGAAAGGGUGCUUUAUCGCUCCUUUCGAACCGCUCGCCGCGCCGGAAACGCUACCUCUGACUGGGAAGAUACGAGCAGCUGGCUGGGCCCAUUGAAUCAGGAUCAAAAAAUUCUUGCAGCAACAUUUGCUGCGGACGUCAAACGCUCACAGAUGGUUUUUCCUGAGCGCAUGCUUCGGCAGGCUAAGCAGGUACGCAGGAACAAGCAUUGUGCCCUCCUUCGCAAAGCUGAAGCGCGCAAACGCGAGCGGGAUCGCGUCAUGGACCUCGGCUAA